AUGAUUCGUAUUCGCCGCUACCGAUUGUUCCUCCUGGUGGCUGUUCUCGCAAUUGUCUCUGUCUUUCACCUAUACCGAGUCAAUGGCUGGAAUGAAUCAGCCCUAGAAAGCUUCCUUGGAUUGAAACCCGAUGCAGACGGGACGAGUCUUCCCGAUUUCAAUCCCCUACCGAAGCCAGUUCACGUACCAGAGCAGCCUGCAGGGCCUGCCGUAUACCCUCCACCUCUUCCCCCUCUACAAGCCGAAUCCCAACGUGGAGCAGCCUCACGUGCUCCCGACACAACCGCGACUCAGUCUACCACUUCGCUAGACUCAAGUCCCACAGUGACAGGAGAAGAGUUUCUGGCCAAACAACCCAGUUUUGACCAAGAGUUUGGCGAAUACGGUGAAGGUCGAUACGAGGUCAAACCAAGACCGCCUGAUGAACCGAGAGCAUACUGGAGGCCACCACCCGAACACUUCCCUGUACCCUCGCAUAGUUUGAUAUCAGUACCAACGGGUGAGCCAAGGAGUCUACCCAAGGUCCAGUACAAUUUCGGCCGGGAAUCAUCUUCCAAAAAAGCUGAUCGAGUACGGAAACAAACGGCAAUUCGGGAGGCGUUCAAGCACGCCUGGUCGGGAUAUAAAAACCACUCACUCCCACACGAUGAACUCAAGCCGAUAUCGAAAGAAGUUGGCGACCCAUUCAACGGCUGGGGAGCAACUUUGGUUGACUCUUUGGAUACGCUUUGGAUAAUGGGACUGCGUGACGAAUUCGAGGAAGCUGUUGGCGCGGUGGGCAAGAUUGAUUUCAAGACUUCUGCCAGAAAAGAUAUCCCUCUGUUUGAAACUACCAUUCGGUACCUCGGCGGACUCAUUGCGGCCUACGACCUCAGCUCCGGCACUUACCCAAUCUUGCUGGACAAAGCUGUCGAACUGGCUGAUAUUCUCAUGGGAGCGUUUGACACACCCAACAGAAUGCCUGCUGUAUACUAUAAUUGGGCUCCAUCAUAUGCGUCGCAACCACAUAGAGCAAGUGCACACACCGUGCUCGCCGAGUUGGGAUCGCUCUCUGUGGAGUUUACCCGGCUAGCGCAGAUCACCAAGGAACACAAAUACUACGACGCAGUCGCUCGCGUUACGGAUGCCCUUGAGAAGUGGCAGAUGGCAACGACCUUGCCGGGUCUGUGGCCUUUGAAGCUCGAUGCUUCUGGGUGCAAGAAGCCCGAGGUUGUCCGAAACGUUGCAGGAAGUGAGCAAUUCCUUCCCGACGGUGUGGAAGAGUCGGAAGAGAGUUCGAAGCCUUUCGAAAAGGACGGAAUCCAGAUGGAAGGCUCCGAUUCAUUGAAAAAGCGACAGGAGAAUGAUUCUUCAAUGCAAAAGAAGGACGCUAGCAAAGCAGACGUCUCCCCAGCCGCUCCCGAAAAGAAAGUGGAGCCCGUAGCCCAUACAGAAUGGGAAGACGACUAUGCGAACGUGGACUGUGAACCCCAAGGUCUGAACACCGAGCCGCAUUCAACCACCCAUACAUAUGGAAUUGGCGCCAUGGCGGAUUCCACCUACGAAUACUUUCCAAAGGAAUACGCACUUCUCGGGGGGCUCAAUCCGCAAUAUAAGACCAUGUAUCUGGAUGCCAUGGAAGUGGUCCGAGAGGAACUACUCUUCCGGCCCAUGACCAAGGACAACCAUGAUAUUCUUUUCCUGGCCAAGCAAAGCAUUGCGCCAAAAGCGACCAACCCGGCGAAAAGGAAAGUGACGACCUACGAAGGCACUCACCUUGGAUGUUUCGCCGGAGGCAUGUUUGCUCUGGGAGCUAAGAUGUUUGACAUUCCCGGGGAUAUGGCUAUUGCCGAAAAGCUUACCGACGGGUGCGUCUGGGCCUAUGGCUCUACCACAGUGGGCAUCAUGGCAGAAGAAUUUGAGCUGGUCCCUUGCGACAGUCUCACUUCUUGUAAAUGGGACGAAAGCAAGUGGCAUGAUGCUCUGGAUCCCCGUUUGGAAGAGAGAAUUCGAGCUGUGGAAGCGUAUAACUUGAAUCAGCAGAGGUUGCAAGAAGAGGCAGCCGCGAAUGUCGAGAGUCUCAUGAAGGACGGAGAGGAUGACGCGGUGGUUUCGGAUCCAAGCACGAGAAAGAGAGAUGCCACAGCGGAACCCGACGAUGACCAUGAGGCGGCUCCCGCUAAUCUGAUCGCGCAGUCAUUCGUUCCUCGCGUGCCACUAUCUCACGAAAAGUUUGUGGCGACGAGAAUCCAGGAAGAACGAUUGCCGCCGGGGUACACCAAGAUCAAAGCCCGCGAUUAUCGACUUCGACCCGAAGCUAUUGAAUCAGUUUUCAUCAUGUAUCGAACCACGGGCGACGAUUCCUGGAGACAAAAAGGCUGGGCGAUGUUUGAUGCGGUAGACAGAGCGACCAAAACCGAAGUCGCAAAUGCUGGGGUCGACGAUGUGACCAGCCAGCUCAUGGAGCAACGAGACACCAUGGAGUCUUUCUGGUUGGCGGAGACAUUGAAGUAUUAUUACCUGUUAUUCUGCGAGCCGAAUUUCAUCAGCUUGGAUGAUUAUGUGUUGAAUACAGAGGCACACCCUUUCAAACGACCAAAAUGA